GAACAACUUCAUCAUUGGGUUGUAACUCCCGCUGCAGACGAGUCAAAAACUUAGUGCUAAAACCAUGAAGAUUUAUCUGAUCGCAGCCUUGUUCCUGGGUGCUCUUGUGGUGGCUCAUUCCUUUGAGGAAGACGAAAAGGUUGAGCUCCCUGAGGUACCUGAACAAGAAGAACAAUCUGACGAGGAAGUGAACACUCUUCCAGGUACCGAAGAAGACACUCAAGAAUCAAGAGACGAAGAAGUUGAAGAUGAACAGCAGGAUCCAGAGAAAAGAGCAUUUCCGAAGAAUGUCUUGAGCUAUUACAGUUGUUUUCAGAUCAAACGACGAGGAUAUUGUGGACAUCUAUUCCUCAGGAACCUUUGCGCUGCCACCUGCUAUAGGUUUCAUCCAAACGAUCCCUGCAGGAAGUAUGCUGUCCUAAACCAACUGAACCGAAGACAGUCCAGACCCAGGGGAAAUGCACGGCCGAUUUGCGACCAGAAAGGCUUUGCCACCCGUUGGUAUCGAUUCACGGGUCUUGCAGGUAGAGGAAUGCCAACCAGUGCUCCACCUAAAAAUCGCUGUGGUACCCAUGCUCCUGGUUGGAUGGUGGGACGUUACCCUGCAUUUGGACAGACAGUCACUCGUAAAGUGUGUUAUCACUGGGGGAAAAACAGAUGCCAAUGGAAUAACUUCAUCAAAGUCAAGAACUGCGUUGGAUACUAUGUGUUCUACCUACGCCCGACCCCAGUAUGUCAUCUUCGUUACUGUGGCAACGCAUAAACAAACAAACCACGUGAACUGGAUCGUCCCUGGAGUUUGACAAUGGAAUGAAAACCUUGCACCUCCAACCCUCAUAAGAAUAACCCUAUUUCCAAGAACAUUUGAUAUCCUUCCCUACUCUCAAGUUCAAAUUAAAGAUUUAUAUUCAUA